AUGGACUCAUCCACUCCGACUGGACUCCAUUCGCCACCAGAAGUCGAGACCGCCCCAAUGAAAGACACAAUCAGCCAACCCGCAGUCGACCACUCGUGUUUCACCCCCACCAUGUUCCUCAGACCACCGGGCUCGCCGGCCGCCAGGGACCUCAAUAUCGAUUCCCCCUCCGAGCAGGGUGUGUGUCGCAAGCGCAAGGACCCUGAAGACAACACCAAAGCAGACAGCACAGCCUCAAGCAUGAAGACACCUGAAAGGCUGCCCAAGCUGCCCAGAACCGAAACCCUGAUCGCCUGGAACCACGACUUGCUGCUUGAUUUGGUCACCUUUUUUCGCAUGUGGCAAUUCCACCACGAAUCCCUCACCCAAACGGCCCGACCUGGUGACCUGAUUCCCACCUAUGUUUCCGAGUACCAAGCCAUCCGCGCCAAGUUUCCCCAUCUUGCUGGGAUCUGUUUGACUGAACUGACCCAAAAAUACAAAGAACUCGUGGUUCGCUGGACUGGGAUUACAAUCAAAUUGGAAACAUCCCUUGAAGAUGCCCAUCGGGGAAUCCGAGCUAGGAUUUUUCAACAACACAUGUCGCCCAGUGUUUUCUUCUUGCUGAAGGAUGCGAUCGAACGCCCGCUAAGUCUGGAUCUUUCGGGUUUGGUUUUACCCGAAAAAGACUUCAAGCCUCCAACGGAUGUCGCCGACAAGGCUGGAGCCUUGGUCUCAAUCUCGCGGGCCCACCACACUGCCCGUCUCACCCUGAACAGUUUGAAAACUUCGCGUGAAGAGAGGGAAUUUGAGAUGGAACGGGAAAAACAGGAUGUUAUCUACUCAACGCUGAUGCGCUACAUGGAUGGGGAUCAAGCAAGAAUGAAACGGAGGCAUGAGACGAUUUCCACUAACAAGGCAAAUGAAGAAGACCGGUUAACCGACGCUUACAUCUCCCUCUAUCAUGGCUACAGAGCCUCAGAAGCGGAGGCACCUUGCUACCGAUACUAG